AUGUCUGACGAAAUCGCAACCCAGCCCCAUAACCUCCCUCUUCUCGCAACAGAGGAGAACACCGCGGGGAAAACAUACAUCGUCACAGGUGCCAAUACCGGUCUCGGAUUCGAAGCCUCCAAGCAUCUUGUCAAUCUCGGCGCAAAGAAGGUCAUCCUCGCCGUACGCAGCGUCCCCUCCGGUGAGGCCGCCAAGAAGAAAAUCGACGAGGCUACAGGCAAAGCCACUGUUGCGGAAGUUUGGGCCCUCGACCUGAGCAGCUACGAGUCCGUCAAGGCCUUUGCCAGGCGCGCCACUACUGAGCUUGACCGCAUUGAUGCUGUGAUUGAGAAUGCGGCUGUUGCUACAGGGGAACAGAAGUCCGCGGAAGGAUACCAUAUUGGUCUCACGGUCAAUGUGUUAAGUACAUUUCUGCUGGCUGUGUUACUAUUGCCGAAGUUGAAAGAGUCUGCGGAAAAGUAUGGGAUCCUGCCGCGCCUGUCUAUUGUGACGUCGGGUGUCGGGUUCGAUGUGCGCCAGGUGUGGGAAAUGGUGAAAGAGGACCCAUUCGUGAGAACGUCUGGGCUCCCUGCUGAGCAGUUGAUGGCCACGUACCCACUGUCCAAGCUUAUGGAUACCUUCGCUGUUCGCGAGCUAGCGGCGCAGCUCCCUCUUGACCAAGGAAAGGUAGUCAUCAAUGCUAUCUGUCCUGGCCUUUGCAAGACUGAGCUUGUCCGUAAUGCUCCCCCUCCGCAGAAGGAAUCAAUCCUCAACCUGCAUGCACAGUUUGGUCGGACUGCAGAAGACGGAAGCCGCACUCUUCUCGCCGGCGCUAACUUAGGACAUGACAGCCAUGGAGGCUACACUUCCAGCUGUGAAAUCAGAAAUGACAAAGUUCCCGACUGGGCGAAGGACGAGGAGGCGCAGAAGUGGCAGAAGAACCUGUGGGACCUCAUUGUCAAGGAAAUCGAUGCCACCGCACCCGGUGCAGUGGGAAAGGCACUGGGGAAAUAA